GUUGUGGUGUCCCUCCAGGAGCACGAGGCGGUCAGCUGCUGCAGUGACUCACGGAGGAAGGGUUUGUUUUUUUCGGUUCCAGUGAGUGUUCACCUUGUGCUGGGAGGGAUGAAUGACUUCGUGUGGGGCCUCAAGAAUGGGGACUUGGACCAGGUGAUCGAGGCUGUGGAAAAGGGCACAGACGUCAACCUGGCCAUUGAGGGGCGGCCACCACUGUGCCUGGCCUCAGACUAUGGACAGCUGGAGAUUAUCAAAUACCUGCUGGAGAAAGGGGCCAAUGUGGAGUCCACAGACAAGCAUGGCAUCACUGCUCUCCUGGCAGCCAUCUGGGAGGGCCAUACUCAGUGUGUGAAAGUCCUGCUAGAGGCGGGAGCCAACAAGAAUGGGACAGCCCCUGACGGAACCAGCUACCUUGACGCCGCUGAGAAGGACGAGAUCAAAGCACUCCUGAGAUAAGCCAAGACAAAGCAUAGUGUGUGUGUGUGGGUGUGUGCAAAUGAAUGAAUGAAUGAAAAGCCUUGAGGACACAUGGUUUGUACAUGCACACUCAUGCACACAUGCACCAAAUGAUAAAAAAAGAAAGCACAUAUUAAGUAUGAGUAAUUAAAACCAACACACACACACACACACACACACACACACACACACACACACACACACACACACACACACACACACACACACACACACACACACACACACUUAUGGCCAAUCUGCAUUAUGUUUUGUAUCCUGUGCUGUAUUUGUGAAUGUUCAAUAGCAUAUGCAGCCAGCUGAGCACGCACACACUGCUUAUUGUCUGGCAAAACCAAGGCAUUAGUGUGUUACUUUGAGCUCAGGAGGUGCUGGAAGUAAUGAAGUUACUUUAGUGUCAACAUCAUCCUCCUCCACCUCCAAAUGCCUGUGUAGUGGUGACUGCUACAAGAUACAACUCCAGACCCUUAGUCAGGCAUCAAUACCAUGUCCUGUCUGGGGCUGCAAAAGCAUAGUGAGGACCAGCCAUUACUCAUACAUGCAUCACAAUCUCACUCAGCAUACUUAAGGUUUGUGUGUGCAUGUGUGUGUGUGUGUGUGUGUGUGUGUGUGUUUGUAUUUGUGUUUGUGUUUGUGUGUAGGCAUACACGUGUGUACCACAGGCUAUUUUGUUUGGGUUGGGGAAGAGGAAAGAAGUGGGCCUAUCAGUUUUUCAUACCAAGGCAAAUGAUGGACUCUACGCACUAACAUAAACAAACAAUGGAAACUAAACUUGACAUCAUAUUACAGAGUGGGCCUUCCUUUAGUUUUUCUUUUUCUCUACGAACAAUGCUCAUACCUGCAACAUUUCUACUGAUAACAUUGAUAUCUAGUUCUGCAUGUUUACAUCCUGUGUAAACAUCAGAGGUGUGUGAACACCAGGAGAAAAUGAGAGUUUGCUAAUGCCUCUUCUGCCUUCACCUGAGUCAGGGAGGAGAAUGUUGAGGCAGCAUUCCAAUCAUGGUUGAGCGUAGCCGUCCAGAAUUAACCAUUAGGAGGAGAUGAAACAAUAGAAUUAAUUGUUUAUGUAAUGCAAAAAUAAUAAAGCUUUGAGAAAAUUUUUCUAGGUCAGCAUUUUCUGCUUUCAGAAAAUGAAUGCUGCAAAAAUUUGAGGUCUGCAAAGUACUGUGGGAUCAACAAAUUUGUGUGCAUGUGUGUGUGUGUGUUUGUGUUUGUGUGUGUGUGUGUGUAAGUAUAGGCAUUUAAUUCUUGUAGGCAUUAAAUCCAAUACAAAUCUCAAAUCAGAAAUGGAAGUUGUGUGUGUUGUCAUGUGUGAUGAGAUUUAUGCUUAGUAGUUUGUGACAAGUUUGUCUUCAGCUUUAGGUUCUAUGUUAAUCAGCUUGUAUUGAACAAUUUGUUGAUAAUUAUUAUGAUAUUUUAAAUUAAGCUAAAAACAAAACCUCACCUGGCUCUGGAUGAAAGAUUGUAGGCUUGUCAUCACAGAUACAGUAGUCUGGUGUGAGUCUCAGGUGUUGUACAAUCAUUAACUUCCAGAGAUUGAAUUGAGAUACCUGAAUGUGGCAUUAGUUAAUAAUCUAUAAGAGCCAUUUCUUUCAAUUGUUGGCUUGGCAGCAUGGAAGAGAGGUGAGGCAUUAGCCAGCACGCCACUGUAGUCGGUUCAGGAUUUUACUAAGGCAAGUUUUGAAUAAUGAAUGGAAUUGAGACUAAUGAUCAGUCCUAUACAAUUAUCUAUUGAUCUUAUGAGUUAUAUUUUUUAAUAUUGUUUAUAAUAUGAAAUGGGCUCAAAAGUUACCAGCUUAUUUUAUGACUGAAUUGUUUGUGUCAGCAAAAUGAGAGUGUGUAUACUAAGUAACUGUCUGUGGUGGGAGUGUUCCUAACCUGGUUAGGUGUAGGACAGUGUCACGUGGCUGUUGCGUUGCAUCAGACUAAGACAUAUCAGCCAAAAGCACUUCUCUGUGCAGCACUGCGAGCAAUAUUUUACUGCUUGGUCCUUGUUCCCACUGAGCUGUGUGUUGGGAAUCUUCAGCCAUUGUGAAGUGUCUGGGUGCUCCACGGACAUCGGGCUGUCUGCAUUGUGCAAGAGACAAUACUACAUAUUGAACGUAUAUUUUGUUCAUAUAUAGUCUGAAAGGGAUUAGUGCUGUAUUCUUUCUGUCGUCAGGUAAAGAAAGAGGCAGCCUGAGGGAUUGUAGCAGCUUCGUGAAUUCUGAGAGAGUGAAAGAGGUGGCCUCAGUGAUUUACCAGUUCAUAAUUUACUGAAUAUGCUUCCAGUGUUUGAAACUGAAAGGUAAUGUUGCAUAAUUUGAUAACCAUAACAUGCACAAGUAGUACUAACAGGUAGUCAUUCACUAUUUUGUGAUUUUUCUCAGUGGAAUGAUAACAAAAUUCUUUCCCCCUUUGAAAGUGAAAAAUGGUGUUGUCAUGUCACACAGGGAUUGACUGUAUAGCUUAGUAAACUCUGUGAUAAGAGGAAUAUUGUGAAGCUGUGUGUGUACUUCAUUCUCUUCACUGAGAUGAAUUAAGAGAGGUUCUUGCCAGUAUCAUUGUGUGUGUGUGUGUGUGUGUGUGCAUGUGUGCAUGCAUGUGUGCUGCCUAGAAUUAUCAUGAUAGAUUUCUUGUCUCAAUAUUAUUAUCUAGAGCUGUGAGAUCAAUCCUGUCCUCAUUAACUUUAGCAUCAACUUAAAGCUAUCUAUUUUAUGGGCUGACUUGUUCCACUUGAAAAAUCCUUGCUAAGAAUAUUUGAGCCUUUUUUUUUUAUGCAUUACUCACUUUGACACAAUAAAAAAGACAACUUUGCCAUCAUAAACAUGAGGUUUUCCUUGUUGCUUUCUCUGAUCCACCAGCCUGGAAGAUGCCCACAAAACACAAGUGUUUAAUGAGAAACACCCUUAGAACUAAAACUAACCAUAAGGAGACUAGUGUGUACAACUCUGUGUUAUUCCUGAGUCGGCCACUACCACCCACUGCCACCCAUCAAACUUCACUCCCUGUCAUGUCACCUAAAGGGCACACACAGGCACUGUUAUACAAACUUUAGGGUACACUUUGUUACUUUUUAUGAAUGAAUAUCUUCAAGCCUUCUUUAUUGUGUUCUAAUUACUGCAUCAUAUUUGAAUUUGAACUCAUAUCUUAUUACAGUUCCUUUCCAUUUCCAAGAAUUGGCUUUUAUUUUCUAGAGGCUUAAAGGAAACUCCAAAAUUCAGGUGGAAUGUUUUCCUCAAAAAUUUUUACAUGCUUCAUUAUUUAGAAUAGUUAAACUACAUUUUCUCUCCCAUCUCACACAGAUUUGUUCUGCUCAAUGCAUGUUAGAAUACUGUAGUCAGUUGAUAUUCAUUUUUGAGAAGCAGUGAGGUUUGCCUGAGUUUGAAGUGCCUAAUACGUAUAACAACAUGAAUACCCCUGCAUUGAUUUUGCUCUCAGAGUUUGAAUAUGUCUGUUAGGAGCUUCAGACCCAUGGGAUGAAAAGCCAUCAUAUUCAUUGGUGGGCAAAAUACAGCCCAGUAAGGGAAUUAUAGAAAGAUGGGCACUGCUCAUCACAGCACUGCAGCAUGUUGCUGUGCUUGUUGUGCAAUUGGCUGCUCAAGUUUAUGGUCUCUUGUUCGUGUAGUGGCUGCCAGCCCAGAACCUGACUGUUUCAUGGAUGGCACCUUCUUAUUAAAUUAUGAUGUGGAUCAGUGACUGCCUGAUGGUGCACAGUGACUUGUCCUGAGCAAUCAGUAGUUCCCACAGUACUGUAUCUGUUUCUCCAGAAUGUUUGGAAUGACUCCUUUAGAGGGUUUUGUUAUCUCAAGCCACCAGUUCUCAUUGUCAUGCCAUAGUUGUAUAUGAUGUUGCCUUCUUCCAGUAUUCUUGUGAUUUAUGCUGUGUAUUUUAGCAAGUUAGGCGCUUGAGGGACCGUGGGGUGAAUCAUGAAGCACCUCCAUCUUGCCAUUGUGUGCACUCCCCACGGAUCGCUGGGAAGGGUUUUAUCCUGAUGCCACCCAAGAUUUGGGGUGUCUGCAGUAAUGGAGAUUGAAAUUCUUUGUUCCAGAGGUGUUUUCUUCCCAUAAAUUAUGAUUUUGCAGUAGGCCUCACCAAAGGUUCUGUGAUGUGAAAAUUUAGCUUUGCAAACACAGUCUCAAGAACUAAGCAGCAUGCUUAACUUUUCUCUUUUAUCUACUGGUUACAUCUCAGCCAGUGACUCAUUCUUUCCUAUUGCUCUUAAUUGAGGGGAAGUGUUAUGAAUUAACAACUCUACAAAUCAUUGCCUUUUAGGGUGUCUAAGCUGCCUGAAUGUUCCAUGAGUUUGUACUUGACUUACAGUGUCUGGAAAGUGAUUGCAAACCAGCCAGAACUAACAGUUGUUUCAGUAAUGUUUUGUCUGUCAAUAGUCUGCACCAAAAAAGAGCCUUGAAAUGUUUUCUUAACCAGUUUUAUGAUGGAUUUCCAUGGAAUGGCCUCCCUCAGUCUUCAAGGUUAGUUCCAGUGGUGCAAGAAGUGCCUUGUCUCAGGAUUGAGAAACACAGGCAGUAGCAUGAAGCAAAAUUAUCAUCUUGACUUAAACAUUUGUCUUCUCAGCUCAACCCAGCAGCCUUUACUCCGAUCAGAUCUUUUACUGCAAUAAUCUGAAAAAAUCUUUCCAGAUAUUUCCCAUGUCAAAGGACUGCUUGGUGCUGUGGCAUAUCUAUCACUUGCCUAGUUGUCAUAUCACAUAAUGGCUAAAUGAUUUGAAGCUGCCUGUAUCUCAGAACUUUUCUUAAAGGAACAGGUUUGUGUCUAUAAAGUGAAUGGAUAAAGAACUCAGAGCAUGUGAAUGAUAUGUAGUUAAUGAUUCAAGGUUGUGAGUUACUCACACCUGCAGACAAAAUGAAGGGGAGGCUGUCCAGAGAAAUUAUAUGAGAAAAAGGCAAGCCACAUAUAAGUGGUGUGUUACAAGAGCUCUUGUGGAAAUUGUUUCCACACAUAUGACACAUCAAGACAUUGUGGCCAUUACAUUUCUAAAACAGCAACUUUCCCUCAGAGAGGCUUCAACAAACAGCUCCUCUGCAUCAAAACUUUUCAAGAGCAUUAAAUCAGUCAUCAGUAGCUGUUUAGAUGGAAUUUGUUCCUAUUACAUACUAUUUUUUAGAAUAGUUUUUCCUCUAAAAAGUUUAAUUGCAAUUGUGAGUGAAAGUAUGUAACUUAACCACAAAGCAAGAAUAAUUUUCUUGGAAGUUAGAUACCUAGAAAAUAAUCUUUGCUCAUAGUUACAUAUUCACUCCUGCUCUGAUUGUCAUAUACAAAUACAGUAUAUAUAUAUAUAUAUAAUGCUAUAUACAAUAAUCAGUUUGGAUUGGGUUGUGAUGAUGUUUGGCCACAAGGCUCCCAGCUCUCCAGCCAGACGUACAUAAACAGUUGGCCAUAAAAUUUGCUUGCCGUUUCAGUUCUUUGCCUUUAUCUAGUUGAGAAGUUGAAUGAAAGUAAUCAAACAUGUGACAGCUUCCAACAUUUCCCAAACUUGCACACCUUGCUAACAUUCCCAUCCCAAGUUCUAUGUGGAGGUGGAAGCAUUGAACCACUUCUUCUUCAAGAGGACUUGGAAUAGAUGAGUGAAGACAAAUGUCUCUGUGACUCAGUCCAAACUGUUUUUCAAUGAUAAAGACCAAUUCAUGCAUUUAAAAUUGUUUUACUGUGUAGAUGUAAAUCAAUGCUUUCUUUGUUAAUUUCAUAUUCUUGGUUCCCCUUACAAUUUUUGUGUUACUACUAUUAAGAUUAAGAAUCAUUAGGGAGGUCGUUUUGUAUGAUUCAGCAUUUUUAUAUAGGAAGGUGGCUUGUUUAUUGAUCAAGUUAUAUGCCUGUAACAUUUCAACAAUGAAAGAAGUUAUAGCCAUUUUAA